GAGCAAUGUCCACCGCACCGACCCUCAAGCCUUUCAACCUUGCCCUCAUUCAACUUGGUGGAGUCACACCCGAUAAGUCUGUGAACCUCAAACAUGCUCGGGACAUGAUCCUCAAGGCAGCUCAGGGAGAGGGUGCUGGAGACGCCCUCAAGCCUUCAUACUCUGGAUCCUUGAAGCCGGACCUCGUUGUUCUGCCUGAAUGCUUCAACUCGCCGUACGGGCAUGUGCACUUUCCGGAGUAUGCGGAGACCAUAGGCUUCAACUCUGCGGAAACGUUCGAUGUCUCCAAGACCCAGUGCGAGUCAGUCAAAAUGCUCUCAGAAACUGCCAAAGAAGCUGGUGUCUGGAUUAUCGGCGGCUCGAUACCUGAGCGCGAUGCCACAGAUAAUAAGAUAUAUAAUACUUCGACAGUUUACUCACCCGAAGGUAAGCUUGUGGCUAUUCAUCGGAAGGUCCAUCUCUUCGACAUCAACAUUCCCGGCAAGAUCACCUUCAAGGAAAGCGAAACACUAACUGGUGGAACGACUAUGAACUGGUUUGACACUGAUUUCGCUCGGAUUGGGCUCGGUAUCUGCUACGACGUUCGCUUCCCGGAACUGGCCAUGAUUGCUGCCCGUAACGGCUGUCAAGUGUUGAUCUAUCCCGGAGCCUUCAAUCUUACUACCGGGCCUCUGCACUGGGAACUCCUCCAACGUGCUCGCGCUGUCGACAAUCAAGUCUACUUUGGAAUGUGCAGUCCAGCAAGGGACUUAACCGCCGCAUACCAUGCUUGGGGACAUUCUAUGGUGAUAGAUCCUAUGGCUCAGAAACUCUGCGAAGCCGCCGAAGGUGAAACCAUCGUUUACGCUCACAUCGACCCGAAGCCGUUCGAGGCCGCAAGAGCGGGAAUUCCAGUCACGGUGCAGCGGAGGUUCGAUGUGUAUCCCGAUGUGUCCAAGGGUGCAUAGACAACGGGGACGGUCGUAUCUGUAUUUGUGCGUAUAUAGAAAGUGUAGUGAAAAUGUACAGGACCAAGGCAAUGAACGGAAGAUUU